GAACAGGCCGCAGUCGCGCUCCGAGCCUGGAACCACCGUCUGGAGCAAAGAUCUGGAAGCUCGGAAGAUGUUCAGCUUGAGUUGUUUCGUUUGCCUGUGCUUCAGCGUGGUUCAUUGUCUCCCUCCAGAUAAGGUGUCAGCAUUCCACAUAAUAAAAACAAGAAGUAUAGACCUCAAUAAUGCUCAUGGAUUGGCUAUGGAAAGCCGACUACAGAAGGUCGUUGAACCAACAGGCUACAGAUUAGAGUUGGAGCCGUAUCUUGAAGACGGUCUCUUUAAAGGCCACGUCAGCAUUAACAUUACAUGGCUGCAGGAUGCUGACGAGAUCACCAUACAUUCCGCUCAUGAUAUAGAGAUAACCAGUACUGAAGUUAGAGCUCACAUACCUGCCGACUCAAAAGAAGUACAGAAAAUUGCAGUGAAGGACUUGUCAGCUGAUCCAAAGAAGCCUAUAGUUACAAUACAGCUUGAGAAGGUUGUACCCAAAUCAUCCAAAGGUCGUCUGGAUUUCAGUUUCAAUGGAAAUUUGGAGACAGCUUCUACUGAGGCAUUCUUCAAGUCUACAUAUAUUACUGAGCAAGAAGUUGAGAGAAUGGUGGCAGCAACUCAACUCCGUCCAAACAACGCUAGGAGAAUGUUCCCAUGUUUCGACGAGCCCGGAUACAAGACGCCGUUCGAGCUGAGCGUUGUCCGCCCGAGGAAUAUGAUCGCGUUGAGCAACGUGCCCGUCGCCAGGACUGAGGACAUUACUGGAGAACCAAACGCGGUAUGGGACCACUUUGAGAAGACCCCUCCCAUGUCUACAUUUACGCUGGGCCUAGUCAUCGCUGACCUGAAGCAAUUAGGAAAUUCAACAUUUUACAAGGACAGCAAUGGCAACGACAUAGAGCUCCGCGUGUGGGGCCGUCCGGAAUUCCUGCCGGCUUUAGAAGGGGUGAACGAGAAAGUUUCCCGGGUGUUCACCGAGAUAGCGGCAAUGUGGAGGGUGGCGCUGCCUCUCCGCCGGCUGGACAUCGUCGCGCUGCCCAACUACCAGGGCGUGAAGCCGGCCGACAACUGGGGACUUAUUGUUUUCAAGGAGAGCGAUUUAAGUAAUAAGGGCUACCUUCAGCUAGCUCAGGAGUUGUCUUACCAAUGGCUCGGGGCUCUCACGACCCCAGCUUGGUGGUCUGACGCUCAUCUCAAUAAAGCAUUAGUGGGCUAUCUCGCCGCUGAAAUAGCCUUUAAGAUCAAUAACGGAUCGGAAAUGGAAGGCAAAUGGCCAAUGACGGUACUCUACUCCCUGUACUACGAGUUUAGUAAACGGUAUCCUCAUUCGCGCAUCACCGGCAUGAAGCAAGAAACAGCGUGCACCAAAAUAGAGUUAUUAUUUAGAAUGUUCAACUAUACUCUCGGUGGUGAUACUUUUAAGAAGGCACUGAGGGUGUUCAUUGAAACACGUAAAUUUAAAACGUUCACUGGCAAUGACAUCUGGAAUGCUCUGACUACUGCUGCAAUUGAAGAUGGCAAGAUACCAAAAGACUUCGACAUCAAGACAAUAGCUAAAAGCUGGAUCGACAAAGACAGGCUGCCACUGGUUACAGCUAAGAGAAAUUAUGACAGCAACUCAGUUUUACUUACGCAGAAAGUGUUUCUUCGUGAGCGACCACAUGAUGUCCCUGACGCGGGUCGCAUGUCCUGGUGGACACCCAUCAUCAUUGCACGGGAAGAUAAGCUUAACUUCACAAAUGUAACACCAUUAGCUUGGAUGCGGGAUAGGAAAGAAUUAACACUUAAUAACAUGCCCAACAAAGAUCAUUUUAUUAUCUUGAAUCCAGAGGAGAUAGGGCCUUUCCAAGUAAAUUACGACAAAGAAAACUGGAAUCUACUAUCGCAAUACCUUCAAGGGGAGAACCGCAAAUUGAUCCCAGCACUGACUCGAGCGAAGUUAUUACACGAUGCCUGGAACCUCGCCUAUGCUGGUGAACUGUCGUUCGCAACGGCCUUAAAUAUGACUCUGUUCCUGAAGGAUGAGAAAAAUCAUAUCGUCUGGGACCCUGUAUUUACUAUGAUAGAUCAUAUUGGUAGACACGUGUGUCAGUGUUUGCAAGAAAAUUUCCAGGCAUACGUUCGGACCCUUCUAAGUCCUCUGUAUGAGGAACUCAAAGUCGAAAGGGAAGAUGAAGAGAAUUGGCGCAAGAAUCUUCGCUCUCUUACCAAGACGUUCCUCUGUCAAGCUGGAUACAAGGAGUGCGUAAAAGAAGCCCAGGCUGAGUACAGCAAGUGGAUGUUGUCUCCCAACCCUGAUGAAGGCAAUCCCAUUUCCAACCAGUACAUCUGUCCAGUUUUCGCAUGGGGAAGCAGGAAGGAAUGGCAGUUCGGUCUGCAGAGAGUCAUCAACUUCCCUCCGUCCAGAAAACAGAGUGAGAGGACAUAUCUGCUGAAGACUCUGGCAGGUUGUCCAAACACCAACGACAAAAUCUUUAGGCUUUUAGAAGUAGCCGUCUUAGAAGGCAAUGGAAAUUUCACGGAAACUGAUCUGUUCCUAAUAUUCAGUAUGUUGACUGGAAGUCCAGUGGGCUAUACUUCACUCUUUACAUUUUUAUGCAGUAAUUGGGCGGUGCUGAAGGAAAAGUUUUCAAGCAAAACAAACCUAUGGGACAACUUAAUUACAUCCGCUACAUCGCAAUUUACAACUCAAGAGGGUCUCGAUUUAGUAUCAAAUUUGUAUGUAGCCCACCAAGGGGAGUUUGGGUCUGCAGAACACAUAAUUGAAAAGUCCAUGAGGAACAUUAGAGAAGAAGCUAAAUGGUCUGAUGAAAAUGUACCAGUAAUAGAAGAUUGGCUCGUUUCAUACCUAACUAGUACUAAUUAUGAAAGCAACAAGCAUUUACAUGUUCAAUAAUAUACGGUUAUAUUGGUUUAAUGUUUUC